CAUGUUGUUCUGCUUGCGACAUUUUACUAUUGGUACACGGUGACAAACUUCGGGGACUAUGAGGUCCUGGUCUUUGAUACCUGGAGUCUGUCGGCACAAGUCACAGUUGCAGGCGUCCUCACAUUUUUCGUACAAUUAUUCUUCGCUUUCCGUGUGUACCGAUUGAGCGGAAAGAAGGUCAUCAUUCCAUCGGUAAUCUGCUUCUUCAGCAUCUUGCAGCUAGCAUGCGCAAUCGCAUAUACUGUAGUUGGAUAUCGUAUUCAGAAAUUCAGCGCAUCGGAGAAAGCAACGCCAUAUACAACAUGCUCUCUUGCAGCAGAGCUUGCCUGUGAUUCUACCAUUGCAGGCAGCAUGAUCUAUUACUUACUACAUAGUCGAUCUCCCUUCUCCAAAACUAACAAGGCUGUCAAUCUGCUGAUUACUUAUGCGUUGAACACAUGCUUGUUGACGAACAUAUUCACUAUCAUCACUCUUAUCGCGUGGCUCAUCUGGACCAAAACCUUGAUCUAUGCCACAUUCUAUUUCGUGCUCACUCGGUUGUAUUCCUGCUCAUUUAUGUCCACGCUCAACUCACGCGACAAUGUCCGUCAAGUCUUGAACUCCAACGAUCGCGAAUGGGUCAGUUUCCCCAUGGUAGCGACAAGCACCAGCCACACAGAUGACCGUGAUGGAUCUGUGCGAAUGCCAGAAGCUACCAAGUGGCCUGAUCCUUCCUCUGCAUUGACGGCGUAUAGCAACAACAGUCAAAAGCCAGGAGCUCUCACUGGAAUGGACGAGGGCGUAUCGGCCUGAGCCGUUGGGGUACCGACAAGCAUGAACAACUUCCAAUGCGGGAGGUUAGUAUACUAGUAUGAUUAUCUCACGGAAGGCAUAUAACUACCCAGAUGUAGCUACCAUGAGGAUUUCUGGCGGAGAAGCGCAACGCGAUAGGGCUGUUACCUAGAAGCUCGUGUGAACAGGGA